AUGCACGCGUUCAGUGGGUCAUUUUGGGUAGCUGGUUUGGUGGGUAGAUGGUUGAUUUUGGUAGUGUGGAUGAUGAAUCCUGUUGGUGUGUCAUAUGAAUUGAUUUUCUACUAUAACGUUUAUGUGCAUACCCACCUCUCAAUUCUCUGCUGCACGCCACACUUUAUUGAUGAUGUUUGGAGUAACAUGACUGGUAGUCCAGGAAGUGACAUUAUGGUGAACUAUGCGAAUUCCGGCGUUGAUCGACAGAUCAAAGGAAAGGGAAUGUGGGCGCAGGAUCAAGAUUGGAAAACGACACAUCGAUGUGCGAAACAAGUGAAUGAAUGGUUACCAAAGGAAGCGAACAAUUCGAAAAAAGGAAAGACCGAGAAAGUGAAUCAAAGAACCGAAGCGUUGGUAUUAAGGUACAAUUCAAAAGAACAAAGGUGA